AUGGGCAUCCUCGACAAGGCCACCGAAUUUAUCCACGGCAACAAGACCGACUCGACCUCGGGCCGCGACGAGUCGGCCAUCCACCGCGACGACCAGCAGUCGUACGGCGGGCCCACGAGCGGGUUCGACUCGACCGCCGAGCGCUACAGCUUGUCGUCGGCCGACUCGGCCCAGCAGCAGCAGCAGCAGAGCUCGUUCGGCGGCGGCGAGACACAGGGCAUGGGUCCGCAGAGCGGCAGCGCCGGCGGCGACGACGCCGAGUGGGAGGACGACGACUCGAAGGCGCGCCGCCGCGGGUCGACUGCCUCGUCGUCGUCGCGUCGCGGCGACGCCAACGCGUACAGCUCGUCGCGCGGCGACUUCUCGGCGGCGACGGGCGGCGCGUACGGCUCGACGGCGACGCCGCGGUACGGUGCGGCCGAGGCGGGCGCCGACGGGGCGUUCCUCGGCGAGCGGGAGGAGGACGACCAGGAGCGGCAGGCGGGGCAGGAGCAGCGCAACAACCCGUUCGGCGAGGGGAGGGACGAGCAGCCCGGGUACGAGGGCGGGCACGACGAGAGGCAGGACUCGAGCUAUGGAGGUGGGGACCGCGGCGUCGACUUUGUCGCCUCGGGUGGCGGCAGCGCGUACGGCGACGGCAUGAACGAGUACGGCGGUGCCGGCCGCAACAACGACGGCGAGGGCCGCUCGUCGUACCAGCCCGACCAGCCCUCGGAGCAGCGCGACGGCUACUCUGGCGGCGAGCGCAGCGCGUACCCGUGA